AAUUUCGGCGCUAGGAAGCCAACUGCUCAGGGUCGGCGAUGAUACGAGGUUUAGUAGCUACGUUCUAUCUGAUCACAAGAUCUACAACCUCGCUAUUUAUUUUCUGCGGCUGCUACGUAUUCAAGACGACGUAAAUGCGCGUGGGGAAGGGGACAAGAGAGAUAAAAAGCUCGGAAUUGUGCAGUUUCAUGAGUGGACAUUCAACGCGGACUUCACUCUUCGGACACAUCUUUCGUUGGCCUCUGGUCUCGAUCCUCUCUGGGCUUUAAAAAAAAUCGGCAAGGCAGUGCGAAGCUUGAACUCGGAUGAUUGGUCUUCGAAGGGGUCCGACGCAUCCUGCCCGGAUUGGAAGACUGCGCUCAAGAAUCCCUGCGACGGAAAUAUGGGUGGUUUGAGUAUGAGUAGACAAUGUUACCUGGACUUGGAGAGUUUCGAGAUGUCGAAUGCGUUGAAUGACCGGAACGCUUGGCCAUGGCGAGGCGAUCGAUGUAUCUUCAGCGCUUGGGGUGGUAAUGGUUGGGCCGCGUCGAACGCUGCUUUUUCCUGGGCUCUGAAUUUGAACGGCAACGGUCUCCUGGCACAACGUGGUUUGUCAAGCCUUGACGCUACACAGUAUGGCUAUCGACAGGCGACGUUUAAUAUCAUGCAGGCCUGGAGGGCGAUGAUCUGCAACAGGUUUGUUGUGGCAAGCCCGAGAUACCUGGAAAUGAACGAAAAGUAUCCGCUCCCGGAUAUUCAGGCGUUCCGCUUUCUCAGCUACGACGGCAACACGUUCUGCCGCGAGCAGACUGUCGCAGAGAGUCGUAAUUUUGGGGGUCUUAUCCGCGGUGACCUUGAGCGCAGCCCACAAGGACAUAACAAUGCCAAGAAUACGUGGCGGAGCGUCGCUAUCAAC